AUGAAGAGGCAAAACGUGCGGACUCUGUCCCUGAUCGCCUGCACUUUUACUUACCUGCUGGUGGGCGCCGCCGUCUUCGACGCCCUCGAGUCCGACCACGAGAUGCGCGAGGAAGAGAAACUCAAGGCAGAGGAGAUCCGGAUCAAGGGGAAGUACAACAUCAGCAACGAAGACUACCGACAGCUGGAGCUGGUCAUCCUGCAGUCCGAGCCGCACCGCGCCGGCGUCCAGUGGAAAUUCGCCGGUUCCUUCUACUUUGCCAUCACUGUCAUCACCACCAUAGGUUACGGACACGCGGCUCCUGGCACCGACGCAGGCAAGGCUUUCUGCAUGUUCUACGCGGUGCUGGGCAUCCCGCUGACGCUGGUCAUGUUCCAGAGCCUGGGUGAGCGCAUGAACACCUUCGUGCGCUAUCUCCUCAAGCGUGUCAAGAAAGGCUGUGGCAUGCACAACACCGACGUGUCCAUGGAGAACAUGGUGACCGUGGGCUUCUUCUCGUGCAUGGGCACGCUGUGCAUCGGGGCGGCCGCCUUCUCCCAGUGCGAGGACUGGAGCUUCUUCCACGCCUACUACUACUGUUUCAUCACGCUCACCACCAUCGGCUUCGGGGACUACGUGGCGCUGCAGAGCAAGGGCGCGCUGCAGAAGAAGCCGCUGUACGUGGCCUUCAGCUUCAUGUACAUCCUGGUGGGGCUGACGGUCAUCGGCGCCUUCCUCAACCUGGUGGUCCUCAGGUUCCUGACCAUGAACAGCGAGGAUGAGCGGCGGGACGCCGAAGACCGGGCGUCCCUAACCGGCAACCCCACCAGCCUGGCCAUCCACAUCCCGGACGAGCCGCCGCCGCGGCGUGGCCGCUCCCGCAAGGGCGAGGGGCCUGAGCUGCAGUCCGUGUGCUCUUGCACCUGCUACCACUCGGUGGCCACACACCAGAACUCUUUCGGUGCCAAGCUUGCGCCCCAGAACUCGCAGUCCAAUCCAUACAAGCUGGAGGAGAUCUCCCCCAGCACGCUCAAGAACAGCCUCUGCCCGUCGCCUGGAGUGCACAGCUUCUCUGACCACCGCAGGCUCAUCCGGCGUCGGAGGUCCGUGUAG